AUGUUGAAAUUCGUGGUACUUCUUUCUGUUGUGGCCUGCGCCGUGGCCGGCACCAUUCCUGAUGGUCUGCUGCCUCAGUUGGAUGGACGCAUUGUCGGUGGCUACGAGACUAGCAUCGAGGAUCAUCCCUACCAGGUGUCCCUGCAGCGCUCUGGAUCCCACUUCUGUGGUGGAUCGAUCUACUCCCACGACAUUGUGAUCACCGCCGCUCAUUGCCUGCAGUCGAUUGAGGCUAAGGAUCUGAAGGUCCGUGUGGGCAGCACCUACUGGCGCUCCGGCGGCAGCGUUCACUCCGUCCGUGCCUUCCGCAACCACGAGGGCUACAACUCCCGCACCAUGGUCAACGACAUUGCCAUCAUCCGUAUUGAGUCCGAUUUGAGCUUCCGUUCCACCAUCCGCGCGAUCAGCAUCGCUGACUCCAAUCCUCGUGAGGGCGCCAUCGCCGUGGUUUCCGGAUGGGGCACUACCGAGUCCGGUGGUUCCACCAUUCCCGAUCACCUGCUUGCCGUUGACUUGGAAAUAGUGGAAUAUUCGCGUUGCCGUUCCAGCGAAUUCGGCUACGGCAGGAAGAUUAAGGACACCAUGAUCUGCGCCUACUCCGCUCACAAGGACGCCUGCCAGGGUGACUCUGGUGGCCCUCUGGUCUCUGGAAACCGUCUUGUUGGUGUUGUUUCCUGGGGCUAUGGAUGCGGUGAUGUUAGGUACCCCGGUGUCUACGCCGAUGUUGCCCACUUCCACGAGUGGAUCGAGAGGACCGCCGAUGAGGUGUCGGCCCUCAAAACUAAAAGUCAGAUAAGAGCCACCAACGGGGGGUGUAUAAAAGCUUAGACUGGCGGCAUGUAACCAAGCAUUAG